AUGGAUGGAAAUAAUGCCUCAGAUUUACCUCCUGUAAAAGAGGAGGCAUUCUGUAAAUAUGUUUUAUACUAUGGAUUGAACAACUCAAGAGUUCGUAUUUGGGAUUUGAUAAUACUGAUACCUAACGCUCUGUUCGUGCUAUUUUUAGUCGUAAGAUUUAACAAAGCUCAGUUAAAGUUACGUGCUACUAGUAGCCCAAUAUUCCUGACAUUUUAUUCAUUGGUUUGGGGCAAUGUGAUAGUCAGUGUUAUAAGAUGUGCUGUAUCAAUGACAGUGAAUGCUGCUAUGCCGGUCGGAGGUCUCAUAGACAAAAUACUCUGGGUAAUAGUAAGAUUCUUCUUACUUGCAACGGAAAUGAGUGUUGUCAUAUUUGGUUUGGCUUUUGGUCACAUGGAUAGCAGAAGCAGUAUUAGAUAUGUUUUGCUGGCGACAUCCUUAAUAUCUCUGGCAUUCACUGUAACACAAGGCACUCUUGAGAUAAUCAUGCCCAACGACAUGUUCCACAUUGAUAUUGGAGAUUACGACCUUUUCGGACACGGUGGAAUGUUGUUUUGGUUUACAUCGUCAUUGGUGUUUGCAGUUAUAUAUUUUAUAAUAUUAUUAUUACCCUGGAUACCUUUGAGGGAAUAUUUAGCACUACCAACUAAAUUAUCAUUCUAUUUGUACGUGUUGUUACUCGCGUUACUGGACACAACUCAAGCCAUUGGAGCCGGUCUUCUAACGUGGGGUGAUGUACCGUCUGCUCUGUGCGUCGUGGAUGUCACAACUUGGCUUUAUUUCUCGUUGUACACGCCGCUAGUGUAUCACACUUUUUUGAGUGAAUUUUUCAGUGUGUCCCAGCCGAGUAUAAUGUUCUCGUACAAGGCGCAGAUGGACGAGCCUUUAGACGACGAUCAAGUGUCGUUGCCUCACCAACAGAGCUUCAGUUCUCUCAAGACAGACUCAGAUUAUAUAUAUCAACAGAGUAACAGCGUAUACGACAGUACACUGUUCGAAGCUGGUGGGACGACUCCUAUGAAUCCCGUCUACAGUGCCUCGCUACAAAGCCCGGAUUCCAUAGCAUCAGGGCAAUCCAUAGACAUUGGUGUCGCCUUCCAAAACCAAAACAUGCUCUCAACAUAA